AUGGAAUUCCAUGUUUCUAGUUUAAGCUUGUCCUUCUGUUUAACCUUCCAUGCAAUUCUUUUCAUGGUCAUUAACUUCUCUUUUCCUGGCAAUGUUUUAGCAGCCGUAGUCAGGAAUGAGACUGAUGAACUUGCGCUUCUGGCAUUCAAAUCAGAAAUAACUGAGGAUCUUGAUGGUGUCUUAGACUCUUGGAAUGCAACUCUCCAUUUUUGCCAGUGGACUGGGGUGGAAUGUGGGCUCAAACACCAGAGGGUCAACAGUUUGGAUCUAAGAGGACGGAGAUUGGCUGGUUCUGUAUCUCCUCAUGUUGGAAGUCUUUCAUUUCUUCGCGUGCUUGACCUAUCAGACAACUCCUUCCAUGGUGUGAUUCCCUCAGAAGUGGGACAUCUAUUCAGGCUUCAGACUCUAAACUUAAGUUAUAAUCUCUUAAAAGGUGAAAUUCCAGCCAAUCUUUCUCAUUGUCAAAGCCUCACUUAUCUUAUUCUAGACCACAAUUUUCUUGAACGACACAUUCCUCCUGAACUUGGUUCACUGACAAAGCUGGUCAUGCUCUAUCUUAAGAACAACAACCUCACAGGAACUAUCCCAGCUUCCAUUGGGAAUCUUACAUCCCUUCAAGAGCUUUAUAUCUCAUACAAUGAUCUGGAGGGAGGAUUUCCAGAUACAAUGGCUCAACUCAGAAGCUUGGUGUCCCUUGGUAUGUCAUGGAAUUCUCUUUCUGGAGAAUUUCCUCCUGUUCUUUUUAACUUAUCAUCUCUUCAGCUCAUAGGUUUGUCAUUUAACAAAUUUAGAGGUAGUCUUAGACCUGACAUAGGCCUUUUCUUUCCCAAACUCCAAAGACUGUAUUUGGCAAACAAUUCUUUUACUGGACUUAUUCCAGCUUCACUGUCAAAUUGUUCAGAGCUUCUACAGCUAGACUUUCCUGAGAACUAUUUCACUGGAAAUGUACCACUGAGUUUUGGGAACCUUCGAAACCUAUUCUGGCUUAAUGUCCUUACCAACCAGCUGGGAAGUGGGGCCUCUGGUGAUUUGAAUUUUAUUAGUUCUCUCAGCAAUUGCCAAAAUCUUGAGUUUCUUGAUAUUGCUCAGAACCAUUUUGGAGGUAAGUUACCUGAUUCUAUAACUAAUCUAUCAACCUCGCUCACACGGUUACUUGUUGGACAAAACAUGAUCCAUGGAACCAUACCUAAAGAUAUUUCUGAACUUUUCAACUUGAAUGUUCUCAGCAUAAAAGAAACUCUGAUAAGUGGUAGCAUUCCAGAAUCCAUAGGAAAGCUUUCGAACUUGAAAACCCUUCAUUUUGAAUCAAAUCGAUUGACAGGAGUCGUGCCCUCUUCCUUGGGAAACAUCACAGGCCUCUUGUAUAUUUACCUUCAAGAUAACAACUUGGAAGGAAGUAUUCCUGCUAGUCUCGGUAACUGUAGGUUCCUCCAGAGACUAGAACUUUCAAAGAACAACCUCACUGGUUCCAUACCAAAAGAAAUCAUGCGCCUUUCAUCCCUUUCGCUUGUCCUUGAUAUGUCUCAAAACUUCUUCAGUGGUCCGUUGCCCGAGGAGGUUGGGAACUUGACAAAUCUUGCAGUGCUUGAUCUUUCGAACAACAAACUCUCUGGGAGAAUUCCAAGCACCCUGGCAAAUUGUUUGUCCCUGGAAUCACUCUAUAUGCAAAGCAAUGACUUAGAAGGAGAAAUUCCAUCCCUGACUAGUCUGAAAAACAUUCAGUAUUUAGAUAUUUCUAGUAACAACUUGUCAGGGCACAUUCCGCAAAGCAUGGCCGAGCUCUCAACUUUACGUUAUUUGAAUCUCUCAUUCAACCAUCUUGAGGGUAAGAUACCGGUUGAAGGCGUCUUUGCAGAUGCUAGUUCUGUUCAAGUGCGGGGCAAUGCAAAACUUUGUGGAGGCAUCGAGGGGCUGCAUUUGCAGCCAUGUCCAAGGCAAUCACCCAGAGGAUCAAAGAAGAAAACUGCGAUAAAGGUGAUACUGAUUGUUGUUGUUUCUUCAUGUUUAGCCCUGCUGUUGCUUUUACUUUUGCUUUGUUGGAUGAGAAAGGUGAAAAAGAAACCUACUUCAGCGUCUUUGAGCGACCAAAUAUACAAGAAGGUUUCUUACAAUGACUUGCUAAAUGCAACUGAAGGGUUCUCAUCACACAAUUUGAUAGGAUCAGGUAAUUUUGGAACUGUGUACAAAGGAUGUCUUGGUCCAGAUGCAAAAAUAGUUGCUAUCAAAGUCAUCAAGCUUCAAAAGAAGGGAGCUUUCAAGAGCUUUUUGUCCGAGUGUCAAGCCAUGCGGAACAUAAGGCAUAGGAACCUUGUGAAGAUUCUUACUGCUUGCUCAAGCGUAGACUUCAAUGGCAAUGACUUUAAAGCACUAGUAUAUGAAUACAUGCCAAAUGGAAGUCUGGAGAAAUGGCUGCAUCAAGAUGGUGAACAGAUGCAGCAGAAAGGUCUUAGCAUCUUCCAACGGAUAAACAUAGCUAUAGACGUAGCUUCUGCAUUGCAUUAUCUACAUAACCAGUGCCAAACAUCUUUGGUGCACUGUGAUCUUAAACCGAGCAAUGUUCUGCUUGACAAUGAUUUGACUGCUCAUGUAAGCGAUUUUGGUUUGGCAAGGCUUCUAAUUUCCAACUCCAGGGAAGAUGCUGAUCUGAAUCAAUUUAGUUCACUAGGGAUCAAGGGCACCAUAGGUUAUGCUGCUCCAGAGUAUGGCAUGGGUGGUCGUGUGUCUACUCAAGGAGACGUCUACAGCUUUGGGAUUCUACUGCUGGAGAUUUUCACAGGUAGGCGGCCCACGGAUGCACUCUUUACAGGGUACCUAAAUCUCCAUAGCUUGGUCAAAAAGGGAUUGCCAGAUAGUGUAAUGGAAAUUGUAGACCAAUCUGCUCUGCUCGAUGAAGAUCCUGGAGAUUUGGUGGAAGCAGUUGGAUAUGAAACUCAUAGCAGCAGAGUUGAGCUCAGUGAUAUAUUGGUUUCAGUUUUUAAAAUUGGCGUUGCAUGCUCAGAGGAGGCUCCUCAAGACAGAAUGAACAUGAGUCAAGUUGUCAAUGAUCUGGUUUCGGUCAGAGAAAAAUUCAGUGGAAAAAGUGCACGUAGGAGGGAAAUGCAAAAAUCAGAUGGACGGGUGAAUAUUCUAGUAGAUUCACUAGCUUCCACCGAGCUGAUUCACUAGUAACAGUCCCAUAAUAUGGGAGGAGCUCCUUCUAUCUCCUUUUUCCGGCUCUCUUAGCAAGUAGUUUCUUAAUUCGCCUAUAGUUUAGAAAUAAAAGAACUGACUACAGCGCACUUUCACUGUAAUUGGAUGUCCGUACUAUCCCGUCUUGCAUGUAUUUUCAGGUCUUCAGUUGAACGCAUCGUGUACUACUUUACAGUAAAACGAAUUGAAAUGCA